GCGGCGGAGGAGCCGAGCUCGGCCCGGGCGGCACCCGCUCCCCCUGAAUGACGGGCGGCAGGUUCGACUUCGACGAUGGCGGCACCUACUGCGGCGGCUGGGAGGAGGGCAAGGCCCACGGGCACGGCAUCUGCACCGGGCCCAAGGGGCAGGGCGAGUACGCGGGCUCGUGGGCGCACGGCUUCGAGGUGGUGGGCACCUACACCUGGCCCAGCGGCAACACCUACCACGGCUACUGGGCGCAGGGCAAGCGCCAUGGCUUGGGCGUGGAGACGAAAGGCAAGUGGAUGUACCGCGGCGAGUGGUCGCACGGCUUCAAGGGUCGCUACGGCGUGCGCCAGAGCCUCACCACCCCGGCCCGCUACGAGGGCACCUGGAGCAACGGGCUGCAGGACGGCUACGGCGUCGAGACCUACGGCGACGGAGGUACAUACCAGGGGCAGUGGACAGGAGGGAUGAGGCAUGGCUAUGGCAUGCGGCAAAGUGUCCCCUAUGGCAUGGCGACUGUGAUCCGUUCUCCCCUCCGGACAUCUCUAGCGUCACUACGUAGUGAGCAGAGCAAUGGCACUGUUCUACAUGAUAUUACUUUGGACAGCCCUGCUGGAACAAGAGGAGGGUUUGUGUUGAAUUUUCACAGUGAUCUGGAAGGAAUUGGUGGUAAGAAGAAAGGAGGCUUGUUCAGAAGAGGAUCCCUUCUCGGUAGUAUAAAACUUAGAAAAUCCGAAUCGAAAUCGUCGAUUUCUAGCAAACGCAGCUCUGUCAGGAGCGAUGCUGCUAUAAGUAGGAUUAGCUCUAGCGAUGCCAAUUCUACCAUUAGUUUUGGAGAUGGGGAUUGUGAUUAUUGCCCAGCGGAAGACCACGUUGAUGCCACCACAACAGAAACGUACAUGGGCGAAUGGAAGAAUGACAAGCGCAGCGGAUUCGGUAUAAGCGAGCGCUCAAAUGGUAUGAAAUACGAAGGGGAGUGGCUAAAUAAUAAGAGGCAUGGAUAUGGAUGUACCAUGUUUCCAGAUGGCACCAAGGAAGAGGGAAAGUAUAAAAACAAUGUUUUGGUCCGUGGAAUAAGGAAGCAGCUUAUACCCAUAAGAAACACAAAAACUAAAGAAAAGGUGGAGCGUGCCGUCGAGGGUGCCCAGCGGGCAUCUGCCAUGGCAAGAACUAAAGUGGAGAUUGCAAUCUCAAGAACUGCACAUGCAAGGGCUAAAGCUGAUGCUGCAGAUCAAGCCAGCCAAUCUGCUCGUCAGGAGUGUGACAUCGCCAGAACAGUUGCCAGAGAACUUUCCCCAAGUUUCUACCAGCCAGGUCCUGAUUAUAUCAAGCAGCGAUUUCAAGAAGGUGCAGAUGUUAAGGAAAUCCCUGAAGAAAAGGCUCAGGAAAAAGCACCUACACCAAAAGAAUCUCCUCACUUUUAUCGAAAAGGCACUACACCUCCUGGGACCCCGGAAGAGAGCCCAAGGCAAAGCCCUCUCCCCUCUGCUGAGCCUUCCCCUGCAAAACAAGGCAAAAAGCAAAACUCGUCCUCUGAGGUCAGACUAAUCCAAGAAAAAAAGAAUUUACCUAGUGAAAAUGUGACACCUGUGGUCAACAAACCUCUUUAUUCGAAAGCACCUGUGAAGGAGGAUAUGAUGGUAAAGCCCCAGCCAAAGUUGUCACCCCGCAACAAUCCUACCAACACAGAGAAUGGGGAGUUGCAUGAUCAUUACCAUGGCUAUUACGUGAAACCGAAUCCAACAAGGUACCCAUUUGAGCUCGGGGAAGACGAGGACCAUGCCAACCCUUCAUCUUCAGCACUUGCACUAGUAGCAUCAGCUCAGAAGCCAAGCCCCAACAAAUCUGGGAUUCAGUUAGAUGCCAAAGAAUCAUUAAAGAAGCCUGAAUCUGUUGCACCAAAGAAUCCCGCAAAUAAUGACUUCUAUUCUUCAGUGGAAAGAGAAGUCAGUAUGGGUCCUAAUUCAAUCAUGAUUGUCCUGGUAAUGCUGUUGAAUAUUGGUUUAGCCAUUCUUUUUGUCCAUUUUCUAACUUGAUUGGAAUUAGGAAAGUGAAGUCAUGACAACUAGUGGCGUAAGCCCACAGUUCUCGGCAGUUGUGUCAUCAGCCUUUUAAAUGGCACGAGUCAUGUUCAGACACAGGGAAGGAGGCAUGGAAUUAGGAUGGGACACAAGAGAGAUGAAACUUGGAAAACUCAGCCAGGGGCCUGAGCAGCAGUUCCUCUGCUGAGGAUUUGUGGCUUUGAGGUCCUCUGAAAGCUGAAGCCAGCAAGCAAGGUGGAAAAAAAAACCCUCACACACGAGCGUGCACACACACAAGCUUGCUGAAGCAGCCCAACAAGUAAAGUGUGUUGGUUACCCCAUCUGUUCCAGCAAAGAGUGUGACUAAACUGGAAAUGUACAGAGCUGCACUUUUGAUGAUGGAAGCUAACAGCUGCCUUACUAUUUUGCCGUCUGAUGUUUUUUGUGGGGGAGAUGGGAAAAGCGACUGCCAGAGGAAUGUGGCCAGAGGAUUCUGUUGCUGUGGAAGCGAUUCCAGUAUUCACUCCUAUCUCAUUAGAAGAAAUAGUUAGCAGCAUCACUCACCAGUCUUAUUCCAUUACCUGCUGCUUUUAAAAUCUCCUUGCAGUUUUCUGGGAGAUCGUGUUUCAUUUGCUCAUGCAUGAUUCUGUUAAUUUACUAUUUAUUUAAAAUCAUUGUACAGCCAUAAUGUAAUAAUGUAGACCAGCCUGGAAAACUUCAGUCGUUUUCACCUGCUUCAGAAAAACAAAGCCUGUAGCAUAUGUGCAGUAUAGAUAUUUUCUUAGAAAGGUCAGUUUCUUCACAAUAUUUUUUUUUAC